CCAAAUCGACUUCCUCAGUCCUUAAUUGACGCUCUUGGAGGAUACCAAGAAUAAGAAGAAGAAGAAGAAGAAGAAGAAGAAGAAGAAGAAGAAGAAGAAAAAGGAAAACAAGUUAUGGUGUUCUUUCUCAAAUCUUCGUUUUUGACAAUUUCUCUUCUCAUUACAUUUACUCAAGUGAAAUUGACGAUGGCUAGAAAUUAAGUAAACCUGAAAUUGCGAGAUUUUAAAACUUGGACCAACUUGAAAUUAAUAAAGGAGGAAAUAAAAAGUUGGAAAACAAAUUACAAAAAUUGGAUCUGUCUUUGAGAAAAUUGUAAACUUUUCCUCAAGUUUCUUGGUGAUUGCAACAAACUUCAUCAGAAAGCUGGUAUGCUUAGGAGUCUUCUGAAUGCUGUUAUCGGUAGUACCAAACAAAAAGACGACCAAUCUCAUCAGGACUUAGCAGAUCCAAUAACUGAGGGCACGGAGGGAAAAAAUAAAAUAGCAGAUAAUCAGAGUUAUUUUAAAGGCAAAAUGACUGAAACUGCAGUGAGUUUUGUUCUUGGGGAUCCAGAUCCCAAGGAAGAACUUGAAAUAGAGGACAGCUUCCCAGAACCAGAAGCCAAUGAUAGGAUUCAACAACCAAUUCUUCCAGGAUUGGUUGAACGUCGAAAGCGACUCAGGCCCAGCAUGUCGCAGGGCACGGUGAUGAUUCAAGCGCAGAGCCGUCAACUCGAAAAGGAUUUCACUGUUGCUACUCCUGAGGAAUUUGUUCGUCGAUUUGGUGGUUCAAAAGUCAUCAAUAAAGUACUCAUUGCCAAUAAUGGAAUUGCGGCCGUUAAAUGCAUGCGAUCCAUCCGUCGAUGGUCGUACGAAAUGUUCAAAAACGAACGAGCUGUUCGCUUUGUUGUUAUGGUCACUCCAGAAGACUUAAAGGCAAAUGCGGAAUACAUAAAAAUGGCCGAUCAAUAUGUACCAGUUCCAGGAGGGUCUAAUAACAAUAAUUACGCCAAUGUAGAGCUUAUCAUUGACAUUGCCAUUCGAACUCAAGUGCAAGCGGUCUGGGCUGGAUGGGGACACGCUUCGGAAAAUCCAAAACUUCCUGAAUUGCUUCACAAAAACAACAUCUGCUUUAUAGGUCCUUCGGAGAGAGCCAUGUGGGCUCUUGGAGAUAAAAUCGCCUCCAGCAUCGUUGCACAAACCGCUGACGUUCCCACCUUACCUUGGUCGGGAUCUGAAUUAAAGGCUCAAUACAGUGGAAAAAAGAUUAAGAUAUCGUCUGAACUUUUCAAAAAAGGAUGCGUCUCCACAAUUGAGGAAUGUUUAGCUGCUGCGAACAAAAUUGGAUUCCCUGUAAUGGUGAAAGCUAGCGAGGGAGGAGGAGGAAAAGGAAUUAGAAAGGUGGAAAAUGCAGAGGAAUUACCGGCAUUAUUCAGACAAGUCCAAACAGAAAUACCUGGAUCUCCUAUAUUCAUAAUGAAAUUAGCAAAAUGUGCUCGUCAUUUAGAAGUUCAACUCCUUGCCGACAAUUACGGAAAUGCAAUCUCAUUGUUUGGACGUGAUUGUUCAAUUCAGAGGAGACAUCAGAAAAUUAUAGAAGAGGCACCCGCUGUCAUUGCGAAACCAGAAAUUUUUGAAGAAAUGGAAAAGGCUGCUGUGAGGCUUGCAAAAAUGGUUGGAUAUGUAAGUGCUGGAACUGUCGAGUACCUUUACGAUCCAUCUGGUCGAUACUACUUUUUAGAAUUAAAUCCCCGCUUACAAGUAGAACACCCUUGUACCGAGAUGGUUUCUGACGUGAAUUUGCCUGCAGCCCAACUGCAAAUUGCAAUGGGCCUCCCACUGCACCAUAUUAAAGACAUCAGGUUACUGUACGGGGAAAGUCCUUGGGGUGACAGCACUAUAGACUUUGAUCAACCGAGACACAAACCACAGCCUUGGGGACACGUCAUAGCUGCCAGAAUUACGAGUGAAAAUCCUGAUGAAGGUUUCAAACCAAGUUCCGGAACAGUUCAGGAAUUGAAUUUCCGAUCAUCGAAGAAUGUCUGGGGAUACUUUUCAGUUGGUGCAUCUGGUGGUCUGCAUGAAUUCGCCGAUUCACAAUUUGGUCAUUGCUUCUCUUGGGGCGAAGACAGACCACAAGCUAGAGAAAACUUAGUCGUAGCCUUAAAGGAACUUAGUAUUCGAGGAGAUUUUAGAACCACUGUCGAGUAUCUUAUUACUCUUUUGGAAACAGAAUGUUUUCAACAAAAUUGUAUAGAUACUGCUUGGCUGGAUGUUCUGAUUGCGGAGCGAGUGAGAAGCGACAAGCCCGAUGUUCUCCUAGCCGUAACUUGUGGAGCUCUUCACAUUGCUGACAGAACGAUAAAUGCAGCGUUUUCUGGUUACCAAACUGCUCUUGAAAAGGGACAAAUUCAAGCUAGCAAUGAUUUAAACAAUGUUAUGGAUGUCGAGUUGAUUAACGAUGGUUUCAAGUACAAAGUUCAAGCAACAAAAUCAGGCCUAAAUACAUACUUUCUUGUGAUGAACAACUCGUAUAAAGAAGUGGAUAUUCACAGACUUUCAGAUGGUGGACUACUGCUCUCUCUUGACGGUGCCAGCUUUACAACUUACAUGCGCGAAGAGGUUGAUCGCUAUCGAAUAGUAAUUGGCAAUCAAACUUGUGUUUUCGAUAAAGACAACGAUCCUUCACUUCUCAGAUCGCCUUCUGCUGGAAAACUGAUAAAUUUCCUCAUAGAAGACGGUGGACACGUGGACGCCGGUCAAGCUUACGCAGAAAUCGAGGUCAUGAAAAUGGUCAUGACCGUAACGGCAGGCGAAGCAGGAAGCGUCUUCUACGUGAAGCGCCCUGGCGCAGUUCUGGAGGCAGGAACACUGAUUGCUCACUUGGAACUGGAUGAUCCUUCACUCGUUACAAAAGCACAGGAGUACCUUGGACAAUUUCCAGCCCCGGUGACACCGGCCGUUCCUGAGAAACUAAAUCACCUUCAUGCGAAGUACAGAGCAGCUUUGGAAAAUACUCUCGCCGGUUACUGCCUUCCGGAUCCUUAUCACCUUCCCCGUCUGAGAGAACUUAUAGAAAAGUUUAUGAAUUCUCUACGAGAUCCCAGUUUACCUCUUUUGGAACUUCAAGAAGUUAUUGCCACAAUUUCCGGACGUAUCCCAAUCUCCGUUGAGAAGAAAAUUCGAAAAUUAAUGACUCUGUAUGAGAGAAAUAUCACCUCAGUGUUGGCACAGUUUCCCAGUCAACAGAUAGCAGCUGUCAUUGAUGGACACGCAGCGACCCUGUCGAAGCGAGCCGACAGGGAUGUCUUCUUCCUGACAACGCAGACAAUUGUGCAAUUGGUUCAGAGGUAUCGAAAUGGAACUAGAGGUCGGAUGAAGACUGCAGUUCAUGAACUUUUAAAACAGUAUUACAAUGUAGAAAGUCAAUUUCAGCAGGGACACUACGAUAAAUGCGUUUCUGCCUUGAUUGACCAAUUCAAAGACGACAAGACAAUGGUCACUUCGACGAUUUUCAGUCACAGUCAAGUCACGAAGAAAAAUGUCCUUGUCACAAUGUUGAUUGAUCAUUUAUGGACGAAUGAACCUGGUCUAACGGACGAACUGGCGAGCACCCUGACCGAAUUAACGAGUCUCAACAGAACCGAGCACAGUCGCGUUGCCCUCAGAGCAAGACAAGUCUUGAUAGCAGCACAUCAGCCGGCCUAUGAACUCAGGCACAACCAAAUGGAGUCAAUCUUCCUAUCGGCUGUCGACAUGUACGGCCACGACUUUCAUCCGGAAAAUUUGCAAAAGCUCAUUCUCUCUGAAACAUGUAUUUUUGAUAUUUUACACGAUUUCUUUUAUCACUCAAAUCGAGUAGUUUGUAACGCCGCACUAGAGGUCUACGUUCGUAGAGCUUACAUCAGCUACGAAUUGACUUGCCUACAACAUUUGGAACUUUCGGGAGAAAUCCCUCUUGUACAUUUUCAAUUUAUGCUACCAAACAACCAUCCAAAUCGACAGAAUCAGUCAUUGGUGAAUCACAGGACCGGCGCAAUGGCAGCGUUUCAAGAUUUAGAACAAUUUAAUCAGUAUUCAGAUGAAGUCUUGGAUCUCCUGGAAGACUUAUCAUCGCCGAAUUCAGUUUCCGCGAAGGUCUUGGAAGCUGUGGAAGCCGUUGGAAGUGAAUCGAGACACAGUACAUCCAUCAACGUCUCACUAAGCACAACAGUGGAAGGGAAUGCUCAAAAUGAAUCCGGCGACGAUCCAGCCGAACCAUUCCAUAUUUUAAGUAUUGCUGUUCUCGACAAAGGAAAUCAGGAUGACGCGACAAUGGCAAGAGUUUUCGGUGAUUGGUGCGCUUUGAACAAAGAUGAACUUGUUGCGAGAGGAGUUAGGAGGGUAACGUUCUUGGCUCUGAAGAAGAGACAAUUCCCCAAGUUAUUCACCUUCAGACAGAGGGACGGAUUCUUCGAGGAUAGGGUUUAUCGACACUUGGAACCAGGCUGUGCUUUCCACAUUGAACUGAACAGAAUGAGAACUUAUGACCUCGAGGCAUUGCCAACCUCCAAUCAAAAAAUGCACUUGUAUCUUGGUCAAGCAAAGGUCGCCAAGGGUCAACAAGUUACUGACUAUCGAUUCUUCAUUAGAUCAAUUAUCAGGCACUCGGAUUUAAUAACGAAAGAAGCUAGUUUCGAUUAUUUACACAAUGAGGGCGAGAGAGUUUUACUUGAAGCCAUGGAUGAAUUGGAAGUUGCCUUUUCGCAUCCCCUGGCUAAGCGGACUGAUUGCAAUCAUAUCUUUUUAAAUUUCGUUCCUACUGUUAUCAUGGAUCCAGCGAGGAUCGAAGAGAGUGUUACGAGUAUGGUGCUGCGGUAUGGACAGAGAUUGUGGAAGCUGAGAGUCAGACAGGCUGAAAUCAAAAUGACAAUUCGUCCAGCUCCUGGAAAGCCAACUUCAAAUGUGAGACUUUGCAUUUCUAAUGAUAGUGGUUACAGUAUUGAUCUUCAUCUUUACACCGAGGCGAUUGAUCCGAAAACUGGAAUCAUUCGUUUUGAAUCGUACACUGGAUCGGCGAAUAAUUCAAAUAGACCGGGACCAAUGCACGGUCUCCCGAUAUCUACUCCUUAUUUGACGAAAGAUUAUCUUCAAGCUAAACGAUUUCAAGCACAAAGCUCUGGCACUACGUACGUUUACGAUCUGCCAGACAUGUUCCGACAACAAGUUGAAAAAGCCUGGAAAGACUUCAUUGAUGAAAGGCCGAAUGAACUUAUUACAAUUCCGAAUCCUCUUAUUGAAAUCGUCGAACUGGUACUGGAUGGUGAUAAUCUUGUUGAAUUGAAACGUUUGCCGGGAGAGAACGAUGUGGGCAUGGUUGCUUGGAGAUUAACACUUUACACUCCAGAAUGCUCGACUGGUAGGGAUAUUAUUUUAAUCGCCAAUGACUUGACUCAUCUCAUCGGUUCGUUUGGAAUACCAGAAGAUAUUCUCUUCUUCAAAGCGUCGGAAAGAUCAAGACAACUUGGAAUUCCUCGAAUAUACUUCUCUGCCAAUUCUGGUGCCCGAAUUGCUCUUGCAGAAGAGGUGAAAGCUUUAUUCAGAAUAGCUUGGGAAGAUGAAUCAGAACCGGAAAAAGGAUUUAAAUACAUUUACUUGACGCCAGACGAUUAUGCGAGAUUAUCUCCUCUGAAUUCUGUGAAAGCUUCGCUUAUUGAAGACGGUGGAGAAUCUCGUUACCGAAUUACGGAUAUUAUUGGAAAAGACGAUGGUCUUGGUGUGGAAAAUCUUAAAUACGCAGGACUGAUUGCUGGCGAAACCUCAAAAGCUUACCAAGAGGUGGUGACCAUUUCCGUAGUAUCUUGUCGAGCUAUUGGAAUCGGUUCCUAUGUGGUUCGUCUUGGCCAAAGAGUGAUACAGAUAGAAAACUCACACAUCAUUUUAACUGGGUACAGAGCUUUAAAUACGGUUUUAGGUCGAGAAGUGUACGCAAGCAACAAUCAAUUGGGUGGCAUUCAAAUAAUGCAUAACAAUGGAAUUUCUCAUGCAAUUGAGCCUAGAGAUUUAGAUGGAGUGGAGACAGUGUUGAGGUGGUUGAGCUACAUGCCAAAAUUAAAAGGUGCCCCUCUCCCAAUUCUCGAGUCCCUUGAUCCGAUCGAUAGAGAAAUUGGCUUCGUCCCCACGAAGGCGCCUUACGAUCCAAGGUGGAUGUUGGAAGGCAAACAGGUGAAUGACAACACCUGGGAAAGUGGCUUCUUUGACAGAGGAUCUUGGCAAGAAAUCAUGAAACCUUGGGCACAGACUGUAGUCACAGGACGCGCGAGACUCGGUGGAAUUCCUUGUGGAAUCAUUGCAGUCGAAACGAGAACUGUGGAAUUGCAUCUGCCAGCUGAUCCUGCUAAUCUUGAUUCAGAGGCGAAGACUGUUUCGCAAGCCGGACAAGUUUGGUUCCCUGACAGUGCGUACAAAACGGCACAGGCAAUCAAGGACUUCAAUAAGGAGGAGUUGCCGCUUUUUAUCUUUGCCAAUUGGAGAGGAUUCUCCGGUGGCAUGAAAGAUAUGUAUGAACAAAUCAUGAAGUUUGGUGCAUAUAUUGUCGAUGGAUUGAGAGAAUAUACACGACCAAUUGUGGUUUAUAUUCCACCUUACGGAGAAUUGAGAGGUGGAGCCUGGGCCGUUGUUGACCCCAUGAUUAAUCCUCGACACAUGGAAAUGUUUGCAGACAACACGAGCAGAGGUGGAGUCUUGGAACCGGAAGGAAUAGUUGAGAUCAAAUUUAGAAAUAAAGAUAUUCUUAAAACCAUGCACAGAAAUGAUGCAGUCAUUCAUAACCUUAAGGAGAAAUUGGCGUCUUGCACUUCAGCGGAGGAUCGAGCGAAUAUUGAGAGGGAAAUUCACGAUCGAGAGUGCCAUUUAGAAUCCAUGUAUCAUCAAGUAGCCGUACAUUUUGCUGACCUUCACGACACACCGGAGAGAAUGCUGGAAAAGAACACGAUUCAAGAAAUAGUUUCUUGGCGCAGUGCUCGACGAAUUUUGUACUGGCGAUUGAGACGGCGCCUACUGGAGGAUAGAAUACGAACGGAAAUUAUUUCUACGCAACCAGGAUUGGACGUGAGGCAAAUCGAUGCAAUGUUGAGACGAUGGUUCGUUGAGGAUAAGGGAGCAACAGAAUCGUAUCUGUGGGAUCAGGAUGAGGUGGUUGCAGCUUGGUUAGAAGCUCAAUGUGAGAACGAGAGCAGCGUGGUCAUGAGGAACCUAUCUUGCGUGAAAAAUGAUUCAAUAGUCACUCGAGUUAAAGAAGCUCUUGAAGUUUGUCCUGAAGUAAGAUUCGACGCUGUUCUAGAAAUUGUAAAUCGAUUACAGCCUGCAGAAAUCGCUGAGUUGCAGAGGACUUUGGCUCAGUUGGAGUCUACGGGUCAAGAAACUCACAAUGAUUCCAGUGCCUCGUCGUAGUUAAUUCACUAAUUAGAAGUUCAAUUGAAAACCAAUGCCCAUUAUUCAUCUGUGUACCUGGUGUAUGCAGCUCUGUUAGAAUCAAUUCACUGUACAGGUCUUCGUGUAAGAGAAUCGUCUAAAAUAACUAGGUAAGUUGUUGCUACGACUUGUGGUUGUAUGUUUAUUUUUUACUGUUACUGUUGCUCAGAGGCAGCUUCUUGAGACAAUUCAUCGUCAAUUAAAAAAAAUAUAUAGCUGCAGAAAUUUAAAAAAGAAACUUUUAACAUUUAUAUACAUCUUAGUUUUUGAAAUGUAACAAAUGUAAUUGAGAAUAAAAGAGAUUACAUAUUUAUUUUUA